CGUCAGUGAGAACAUCACGAGCUGCUCUGUGAGUGUGUGAUGAUCAAUAAUCAUCAAAGAGUUGAUCAUAAUCGAUCGAUAAUGUGGUCGAGUGUGGAGCAGCUGGUGCUGGAGGAGUUCAUGGUGACGGCGGUGACUGAAAUCUGUCAGAGACUCAAAGAGACACGCGAAGAAGAAAAGACUGAGGAGGAGCUGCUGGCGGUGAUGAAGAGGCUCUGUGAGGCGCUCCUGCAGGAGCUGAGGAGGCUGCUGGAGGAGCAGCAGGAGCUCAGACAACACGCCGCCGUCAAGCCUCAGCGGGACUCCGCCCCCCCUGCAGCUGAAGGAGACCCUCAGGUGGAGGUCAGCCACCAGUCAGACGCUCCCGAAGCUGAGAGCAGCCAAUCAGAGCAGACGUCUACGGCGGGCGGCAGGCGGAGCUUCAGCUGCAGCGUCUGCAGCAGCAGCUUCUCCAGACGGACCAACCUAAGCGCUCACCUGCGUGUCCACAGCCGCGAGCGUCCCUUCACCUGCUCCACCUGCGGGAAGACUUUCUCCGCCCGCAGCAGUGUCAGAGUCCACCAGCUCACCGUGCACGGCGAGCAGCGGCCCCACAGGUGUCCUCACUGCAGCAAGGUGUUCGGCACCCGCAGCCACCUCAGGACGCACCUGACGUCCAGCUGGGGGCGCCACGGACAGACGCUCACCUGUUCGUCCUGUGGCGAGACGCUGGUGGCGAGGUGCCGCCUCCGAGAGCACAGGCUCACCUGUCAGAAGACAGACGACAGGUUCAGGUGUGCAGAGUGCGGGAAGGAGUUCUCCAAACACAGUUACCUGUCUGCGCACCGCAGAGUCCACCUGAAGGACAAACCCUUCAAAUGUCCCACCUGUCAGAAAGGUUUCACCACACGCCGCAGCGUCCACGUCCACCAGCUGACCGUCCACAGAGGACUGAAGCCGUUCACCUGCAGCGUCUGCAGGAAGACCUUCAGCCAGCGCAGCGGCCUCACGGCUCACCUGAGGACGCACACGGGUGAGCGGCCGCACGCCUGCGAGCAGUGCGGGAACUCUUUCUCCAGCAGGAGCAGCCUGUCGGUGCACCGCCGCGUCCACACCGGAGAAAAGGCGUUCAGCUGCGACACCUGCGGGAAGAGCUUCAACGUGUCUGCCAACCUGCGGCGCCACCAGCUCGUCCACUCAGGCCGCCGGGCGUUCAGCUGCACCGUGUGUGGCCGCAGCUUCACGCAGGCCGGACACCUGAAGGUGCACCGCACCGUGCACAGCAGCGAAUGGGCGUUCAUCUGCAACGCCUGCGGGAAGGGCUUCAGACAGCGCAGUGCCCUGCUGGUGCACGAGCGCGGCCACGCCGGCAUCAAACCGCACAGCUGCAGCGAGUGCGGAAAAUGCUUUUCCUCGUCCACGUCGUUAAGACGCCACCAGCUGGCUCACAGCGGGCAGAGAGCUCACACCUGUGACGAGUGCGGGAAGAGCUUCACCAGCGCCCACAUCCUGAAGACUCACCUGCAGCUGCACGGCGCCAGCAAAGCGUUCUCCUGCGACGUGUGCGGCCGCGGCUACAGCUCGCUGAGCUACCUGAAGACGCACCGCCGCAGCCACUCGGAGGGGAAACCGUUCAGCUGCGCUCAGUGUCAGAAAAGCUUCUCCACGCAGGCCAGCAUGAAGCUGCAUGAGCGCACGCACAGCGGAGAGAAACCGUACGUCUGCGAGGUCUGCGGGAAGAGCUUCAGCAUGUCGCAGAACCUCGUCAGACACAAGCGCGUCCACAGCGGAGAGAAGCCGUUUGAGUGUGGCGUCUGCGGGAAGAGAUUCAGUCAGAACAACAACCUGAAGUCUCACCAGCUGGUUCACACGGGACAGAAACCGUUCAGCUGCUCCGCCUGCGCCCGCGGCUUCACCUCCAUGAGGAGCCUCCGAGAGCACAAGUGUGUCGCUGCUGAGUGAGCGGCGAGUCAGACAGGAAGCUGAGGAGCAACCACCUGUCCUGAGAGCGUACGGUCAAGAGCCUCAAACACGAGGUCAUAACGACCGUCAGUCCUGGAAACGUUCCCUGAGAGCGACUGUCAGGGGUCUCAGGGGGUGGAGCCUAUCCCUGCUGUCAUUGGGUGAGGGGCGGGGCUCUGUGCCUUGCUAUGAGGCGAUGGUGCGAACACCACUGCACCACCCAACACUGAAGUCUUGGUUUGAGACACUCUUAAGAGACAGUUAUGACUCAUGUUGAAGCUGAACGUCCAGAGAAGAAGAGAAAACAUUUAAACGUAUAUUUUGUUUUGUUUUUAAAGCUGCAGCAGAUGUUUGUCAGAGAAACAGACUGCACGACUCAAGCUGCUGUUCAGAUGUGUCACUUUACAGAAAUAUUAAAGUGUGAUGUCUCAGAUGUUUUUAUUCCUCCAGGCUGCGUUUGUGAUCUGAAUCUUUCUCCUGAGAGAGAUCAGAUCUGAGUCCACGAUGAGACACGUCCUGUUUCACACCUUCUUUAUUUACAGUUUAACGUCAUCCAUGAGGUCACGUGUCCAUUUGUUGCUUGCAGACUCUGACAGGAAAAAUAAAUCAUCAGAGUUGUGUUCAAACUCUGAACCUCCUGGUUUCAUACUGCAGGAGGAGAAUAAAGAUGGAAACUGACAUCAUCAUCAUCAUCAUCAUCAUCAUCGUCAUCAUCGUUCACACUGAAACAUGUUUGUAACAUGACUUAAAACCUGAAAUAAAAAACACGUUCAACGUU